GAGCUGGCUGGAGCCCGACGGUCGCCGGCUGCUCCGUAAGCCUCCGGGCGCGGUGCGGGCAUGGCUCGCGGGGCGUGGGGGCUGCUGUGGCUGCUGCUGGGCAGCGCCGGGGCCCAGUACGAGAAAUACAGCUUCCGAGGAUUCCCUCCGGAGGACCUGAUGCCACUGGCCACGGCCUACGGCCACGCUCUGGAGCAAUACGAAGGCGAAAGCUGGCGCGAGAGCGCGCGCUACCUGGAGGCGGCGCUGCGGCUGCACCGGCUGCUGCGCGACAGCGAGGCCUUCUGCCACGCCAACUGUAGUGGCCCCGCCACCUCUCAGCCUCGGCCCGCGUCCGGCCCGGACGGCGACCACGACGGCGAUGGCGAGGACUGGGCUCGCGAGCUGCGGCUCUUCGGUCACGUCCUGGAGCGCGCCGCCUGCCUGCGGCGCUGCAAGAAGACGCUGCCCGCCUUUCAAGUCCCUUACCCACCGCGGCAGCUGCUGCGCGACUUCCAGAGCCGCCUGCCCUAUCAGUACCUGCACUACGCGCACUUCAAGGCGAACCGACUGGAGAAGGCGGUGGCUGCGGCCUACACCUUCCUCCAGAGGAACCCCAAGCACGAGCUGACCGCCAAGUAUCUCAACUACUACAGGGGGAUGCUGGAUAUUGGAGAUGAGUCCCUCACCGACCUGGAGGCCCAGCCCUACGAGGCUGUGUUCCUCCGGGCUGUGAAACUUUACAACAGCGGGGACUUUCGCAGCAGCACAGAAGACAUGGAGCGGGCCCUGGCUGAAUAUAUGACGGUCUUUGCUCGGUGUCUAGCUGGCUGUGAGGGGGCCCACGAGCAGGUAGACUUCAAGGACUUCUACCCAGCGAUAGCAGGAACUCUGGACAAGGAAAGCAGGCUCCAUAGCAGAUCUUGGUCUCCACCAGGGAUCAGGGUUAGCACACAUCGCUUCCUAACGGCUGCAUCCUUCCUAGAUCUCUUCGCAGAAUCCCUGCAGUGCAAGGUGGACUGUGAGACCAAUCUCACCCCCAACGUAGGUGGCUUCUUUGUGGACAAGUUUGUGGCCACCAUGUAUCACUACCUGCAGUUUGCCUACUACAAACUGAAUGAUGUACGCCAGGCUGCCCGCAGUGCUGCUAGCUACAUGCUCUUUGACCCCAAGGACAGCGUUAUGCAGCAGAACCUGGUAUAUUACCGCUUCCACCGGGCUCGCUGGGGCCUUGAAGACGAGGACUUUCAACCCCGGGAGGAAGCUAUGCUCUACCACAACCAGACCUCUGAGCUCCGGGAGUUGCUAGACUUCACACACAUGUACCUUCAGUCAGACGAUGAGAUGGAACUGGAGGAGACAGAAUCACUCCCAGAGCCUGAAGAACCUCUAUCUGAUGCUGAGUUCGAAGGCGAGGGCGACUAUGAGGAAGGUCUCUAUGCUGACUGGUGGCAAGAGCCAGAAGCCAAGGGUGACGAGGCCGAGGCCGAGCCAGAGCCUGAACUGACAUAAGGCGGUGACAUGGCGCACUCUUCAAGCUCAGGACACCUGGCUGGGGGCAAGAACUAUUUAUUAAAACUUAAAAUAGCCAGGUGUGGUGGCACACACCCUUAACCCUGGCACCCGGGGGAGGCAGAAGCAGGCAGAUCUCGGGACCAGCCCAGCCUACACAGUGAGAUCCUGGCCAGGCCAGGCUACAUAAUGAGAUUUUGUUUCAAAACAAAAACAACUGAGUGUGGCAUCACAUGCCUUUAAUUGCAGCAGCUGGGAUGCAGGGGCAGGUGGAUUGCGGUGAGUUUCAGGCUAGCCUGUAGUGAGUUCUAGGCCAGUAGAGGCUCUGUUGUAAGACCCUGUCUCAAAAUAAAACAAAAGGAAAAACCUUAAAAGGGACACAGUUGACCUAGUUUCCACUCAGCCUCCACCUUAGCUCUCUCUCUCUCUCUUGUGUCUUUGAACCGCAGACUGGUAGCCAUAUUGCUGGUUGGGAAGUGAGCUCUUGGGGGUCUCUGUCUCCCUUUCUGCUCCUGCGGAAGUUUUCAGCUUCCGGCUUGAGUCUCACAGGACCAAGGCCAGCCAGGUGGCGGUUGUGUCUGAGCUGCAGAGUGGGUUGUGAAGAACAUUGGGCUUAGAGCUCUGCUGCUCAAUAAAUGUUUAUUGUUGAAAUGAA